CUAAAGAAAGAGCUCUUAUAUGUACAGAAGUCUAGAAAGAUGGCUUCUGCAUCUUUAAGAAGUGCGCAGCAGAAGUCUGCAAAUCUGCAACUGAUGGAGAAGAACAAAAGUGCACCAUAUGCUAUGCGCAUUUCCUUGGAAAUUAAUAGGGUUGUUUGGUGCAUGCUUGUAGAUGGUAGAGCCUUUGCUGAAGCAGAUAUAAAUAACAUGAUUUAUGACUUUGAACGAGAUUACAAAGACAUUGGUGUUGCUCGAUUCACCACCUAGUUCUUUGUUGUUAGGAACUGUCUGUGUAAUGCAACUUCGGAUAUGAUUUUAUCCGCAUGGAAUCCUCCAUCCGAGUGGGGAAAGAAAUUCAUGCUACGUGUGGAUGCAAAGCAGGGAACACCAAAAGAUGGAAAUCAUCUUGAACUUUUUCAUGUGGAGAUUUACCCUCUCAGAAUCCAUUUGUCAGAGACAAUGUACAAAAUGAUGUGGGAGUACUUCUUCCCAGAGGAAGAGCAGAAUUCAGAAAGGCGACAUGUCAGAACUAGCAUCACAAAAUCAUCUUCAAUGGAAGUUUUGAAAGUUUCGACAACAGCUGGUUCAAAACGUGUAAAGAGACAGUUAGCAAGUCAUGAAUCUUCUAGCUCUUCUGCUGCAGUACAGUCACAAAGCAAUGUUGACUGUGUUCAAAAAUCCAAUAUCCUAGACGUUAGGUCUACCGCUGGUGUUUCAGCUGAUCAGGAAUUGAGACGAACUUCUUCUUUCGACAGGACUUGGGAAGAAAGUGUGGCAGAAUCUGUAGCUAAUGAACUUCUUCUACAGUCUUAUAAUAGCCCUGUCUCAUCUUCCAAUGACCAAAAAGGGGAGUCAUCUAGACAGAUGAAUCUCAAAAACGCAAAAACUGACAAGCCUCGCAGCUCUUCUCGCAGAGAAAAGAAGGCUAGAAAAAAACAACUGGAGAUGAUAAAGAUUUCCAAUAUUAAAAUAAGACAGGAUUUGAUACUAGGGCAUAGUUUGAUGGCUACUGAUGAACUGCUUCCCAGUUAA